ACUAGAUCAAUGUGACACCUAGCGGAAAUAACCAGCUGAGUCUCAGGAGUGGGCGGGUUAUCUGUGGUAUUUAAUGUUUGUGUGUUUGAAGCAACGAUGGGGUCAGUUCAUUAUUUGAGACAAUUUGUUAAUGAGCGACUUACCGCUGCUGCGGACGAAAUAUUUGGUGUUUUUGAAAGGACUAUCGUCGAGUACCAGGAGAAGCUUGAUCGCCAGCGGCGGCUGGUGGAUGUCCUCUUGAAACCCCAAAUCAAAGUGUGCAGGAUAGAGCUCCAACACGAAGAGGAUGAGGAGGAUUUGAGUGAGCAGAGGCUUUAUAAACAAGAGAACUUCAGUCUGGACCGAGAAGAUGAUGUUAUUUCGAGAGAGUACACAGCAGCAACAGUACCUGCAGAGCUCCAACAUGAAGAGGAUGAGGAGGAUUUGAGUGAGCAGAUGCUUUAUAAACAAGAGAACUUCAGUCUGGACCAAGAAGAUGAUGUUUAUUCUAGUGAGUACACAGCAGCAACAGAGCUCCAACAUGAAGAGGAUGAGGAGGAUUUGAGGGAACAGAGGCUUUAUAAACAAGAGAACUUCAGUCUGGACCAAGAAGAUGAUGUUAUUUCUAGAGAGUACACAGCAGCAACAGAGCGCCAAGAUGUGGACCAGCAACAGCUUUGUUGGCAGGAGCGGAACUCCCUUCUGGAGCAAGAGGAGCCAGAAACACCCCAGAUUAAAGAGGAACCCUGCAGCAGUCACGAAGAAGAAGAGUUUCGAAAUACUUUUUUAUCCCUUCCUAUUAGUGGAGAAAACUACAAGACGGAGGAGCUAAACGAAAGUCGGUUGGAAGAUCAGACUGACUGCUUUGCAGCCUUAGAAGCAGGCGAUGACAAGGUAGAGGGUGACACCAACAGCAAGGUGUUCAAAUGUGACUACUGUGGGAAAGCUUUCACUUUCAGUUGCAAACUGAAGCGACACAUGCUGAGCCACACCGGAGUGAAACCUUACUCCUGCAAGACAUGCGGGAAGACAUUCAGCCAGCGCUCCAAUCUGAAAAGACACUCCAUGAUCCACACGGACGAGAAGCCGUAUUCCUGCAAGAUGUGCGGGAAGCAGUUCAGGAACGCGCACGAGGUGAGCACGCACGUUAGGACUCACACGGGCGAGAAGCCGUAUCCUUGCGACACCUGCGGGAGGAGCUUCAUUCAGCUGUCCAUCCUCAAAAGACACGCCAUGGUCCACACGGGGGAGAAGCCCUUCCUCUGCAACACCUGCGGGAGAGGUUUUAGCCACCCGUCCGUGCUGAAAAGGCACGCCAUGGUCCACACGGGGGAGAAGCCGUACAUCUGCAACAUCUGCGGGACAAGAUUCCGAGCGAGCAGUACCUUGGCCAAACACAGGAGGGUGCACGUGGGGGAGAAACCACACUGCUGCCCCUCACAGGACAAUUACGUUGGGGAGAGUCAUUUAAAAAAUAAAGUGGUCGUUCUUCAAGGCAAAAUGGUCGUCUUUGUCACGGGUCAAGUCAAGUCAAUGCCGCAAUGGAUGCGCCCGCUUGUGGUCGGUUCCAAGCAGCGUAACACCAAGCCGGAAGUACAACAAACAAUCGCUGCUACGUUAGCCACUAAAUGCCAACAUAGCCGCUCAGCCUUUCGCUGGUCACCGCCAAUGUCAGCAGCACACACAACUAUGUCGAAGUUCCACCACCUCAGGACUUUUGUCAACGAGCGACUGACUGCCGCCGCCGAAGAGAUAUUUGGUGUUUUCGAGAAAACUAUGGUCGCCUACGAGGCGGAGAUGGAUCGUCGGUUGAAGCUUCUGGAUGUGGCCUGCAAACCCGCACACAGAGCAGAAUCGCCACAGCCGAGUUUGUGUCCCCAGGAGAGCAUCUCCAGUGUGGAGCAGGAGCUUCAAGAGCCCACACACAUUAAAGUGGAACAAGAGGACCUUCUCGAUGAAGAGCAUCUUCUUCCAAAGCAGGAGGAUUACUUUUCCAAUCGUGAAGCCCUUGGAGCCUGGCCACUUGUUUUGGACUGCGAGCAGAAUGAAAGUGAGGCGGAAAAAGACGCCACAGCUCCGAGGUUACGAUCAGAAUCGGAGAGUGGUGACUUUGAUGCGUCAGGACUGAACGGCGAUCAUCCAAUGCUCUUCCAGGACUACUAUCCAGAAAAUAACCAGGAGUAUAUCACUGACAACAUGGCGUCCACAUCUGCUCGAAGCAUUAAGUUGGAAUGUCAUGACCAGGACCUGGAGAACACAGACAUUCAUUGUCAGGGGCAGCUUUUUGAGCAGCCUUUCCACUGCGGCACCUUCCACGCAGACUCCCACUUGUACGCCCAAGUAGACAUGAGGGCCCUCUCUACCGACAAACCUUUCAUUUGCAACAUUUGCGGGAAAGGAUUCGGUUUCAAACGUUACCUGGCGCAGCACAUGAUCACCCACUCCGCCGAGAAGCCGUACGUCUGCAGCAGAUGCCGGAAGACUUUCCGGCGCCAGCAAGCUUUAAAGAUCCACAUGAGGUGUCACACGGGCGAAAAGCCCUAUUUCUGCAAAACCUGCGGGAAGAGAUUCUGCCAGAGCUCAGCGCUCAGAGUUCAUCUAAGAGUCCACACGGGGGAGAAACCAUAUCCCUGCAAAAUGUGCGGGAUUGGAUUCCGUAGCCUGCCGGUGCUGAGAAACCACAUCAGGAGGAGCCACGAUGGAAAGAUGCUGUAGAUCCUCAAAUGAAAGGAUGUAAAUGAAGCCUUCAGACUUUCCUGGUGACUGCUCACUCCUGGUUGACCAUCAAGGAAAUCACAGACAAGACCGCACAAUUAAAUAAAGUGCAACACUCUGGUAAAGACAUGUUUCAUACACAUCAUAAUAUAUUAAUAUUUGGACCACAGACUUUUCUAAGCACAUCUUUGGCCACAUUCACACUGCCUGAUUUGGAUUUUUUAUUAUGGUAAAUACCGUCUUUUUAUGUAUUACCAAAAAGAUUUCUAAUGUGAGUCUGUAAAGUAGCCCGCAUGCACGUGAUGUCACACUGUGUUUACAGAAGUAAACAUUGCUCCAUUUGUCGUAACUAUCCCUGCCGGCACGUUUAUGGCAAUUUCAUGGAAACACUCACACACACACACACACUUUAGGGAUAUUCAGCUAAACUGUUCUGGCCGCCACAUUUCCAGAAAGCGAAGAACCAGGGGGCGGGACUACUUCUUAUUCGUCUUAUUUUGUAUAUUGCAGAUAACCAGGGUCCUCUGUAGUAGAAAUUUAAUUUUGGUGUGUUUAUUU